CUUUGAUCUGGAACUGUUGUUAUUCUUCACCUGAGCAGCUGAGGCAUGGACUUGCCCAGCUCACAGAUACCCUUCGUUCUUACUUUUAAUCAUGGACUAUGACUGGCAGAGGUUUGGUAGGCAAAGUCUUGACCUCACUUCAGCAGCGACUUCUCUUGCAUUCACCGCUGUCAAGGGUACAACACGACUGGGGUUCUCGGUUGCUCGAGAUGCAGCGUCCAGUGUCGUGGGUGUAGUUGCUUCCGCCCUCGAUCACGCAAUAUUCGGUGGGAGCGAGAUCGCUGCGCCGGUCCUAGAAGGCGCGGUCGUGAGCGCUAUCACCUUCGCCGAAAGACUUACUCUUGCUCCCAUCUAUGUCGGGGAGUAUAUUUCAUCAGCUUCCCUACGAGCAGCGUAUAGCUCCAUCGAUAUGCUCUCCGUCAUCUUCCCUGGCAGCAGCGAAGCCUCUUUCUCUUUGGCAUCGUUCAUCGAUCUGGUAAAGCGUGAAUGGGAUCAUCCUGGCUCACACGAGCAUAUCCCAGGGAGAAAGUACGGAAUAACAGAGGUCGCUAGAGCUUUGGUUGCAUGGGUGUCUCUGCAGGGCAUCACUCACGAGUGGCAAGAGCAGAGUUGGUUCCCAUACCUUCGCGAGAUUCAGUUUCAUGACCCGUCCACCGCCCCUCAACUUAAACAUACACCUUCACGAGUUCGAGUAACGUCUGACGUGAUAUUCCCGGGGCAUCGAGGACAACUAAUAUCUGCGGACAUUGGAGAAGCAUCCACGCAGUCUCAUACCCGUUCCAGGUCUCCGAGUGUCCUGUCGAGAUUGUCAAUAUCGUCCAUAUCUUUUAGAUGGGCCCAACCGCGCAUAGAUGUCCCGCAAAAGUCUAUAGUUGAGCUAAAGACUAACUUACGACGAUUUUCCAAGAUGGUUCUUGCCGGCUAUGGUGGCGCAAGUCUACUCUUCUUCGGAGUUCCUCUGCUUCUGACAUCGCCGUCCCGCAAUUCAAACCCACCGUCCCCGCGUAAUGAAAAGGACGCAGAAGAGGCGCAGCUCGAGGACGCUGUGAAUGCAGCGGAAGAUGAGUUGAAAGGAAACUCCAGAAUGCCUUCUGAUAAUCUGGAGUACUCUUGGUGGGACAUAUUGAUGGGCAAGCAUGACAAGGAAAUUUUUGAAAGGUCGGUGCACGAGGAGACAGUAGAGCAGCCAGAUAUACAGGCGAGGGCUCGCGCAACGGCUGUUGUUGGGAUAGAGCGCCAGAUGCCUAGGUUCUGGGUUUUGACCGACCACGAUAGACACGAGGUUGUACUUGUUUUACGAGGCACAAUGUCACUCAACGAGCUUGCUGUUGAUUUGACAUGCGAUCCGGUAGAAUUUGAACCUGCAUCGAGCGCGUCUCAGGAAGACGCUGGAGACAGCAUAUUGCUCCCUGGGCCAAGUAGAAGGAUCCCUCGCAGGCGUUUAUCUAUUCUUUCGACGACUUCUCAUGAGAAGCAGCCCAAAUACCAAGUUCACGGAGGGAUGCUUCGUAUGGCCCGCGUGAUGGGCGAGAUUGGCAAACCAGUCCAUGUCGCCGUCAUGGAUGCAUUGACUCGCAAUCCUGGAUACGAACUCAUACUUUGCGGGCAUAGUUUAGGAGCAGGUGUUGCGGUCCUCUUGGCUAUGAUGUGGGCAGACCCUGCAACUUGCUUGACAGUGCCUUCAAGUGGCCUGCCAACGGACCACAGCGUAUCCGUAUAUUGUAUAGGACCUCCUUGUCUGACAGAUGCUGGGCUUAGCCGAUUGGCAUCGAAAAUGGUCACAUCGUUUGUAUGCUCCGAUGACAUUGUGUCCCGACUGUCGCUCGGUUCUGUCCGGGACAUUCGUAAUGCAGCCCUCUGGCUGUGUGAUGCAAAUGAGCGGAAUAGUGGUACGGAAGGAUAUUCGGUCAUCACCAAUAGAAUCAGGCGAUGGAAAGCUGGAGAUGGGUCAUCGGAUGACCUUCAUUGGUUUUUGUCGAUGCGAAAAACUCUCGAGGCAAAUAUGCAAAUGGCUGAUCUAUUCCCACCUGGUCGCGUCUUAUGGACUGUUAGGGACUGUGACCUACACCCUUCGCAUCAGUCCAAGCAGCCUAAUACGCAUCCCGAUAAAACAUUGAGACUGUUCGAGGUCUUGGACGUUGAGAAAGUAUUUUCUCAAAUAAUUUUCUCAAGAAAUAUGCUUCGGUCACAUAUGCCCCAUCGAUAUGACCAGGUCCUUCAUGAACUGCUUUAAUACCAAGAGCUUGCUAAGGACAUACUAUUGUUGAUCACCCAUAUAUCCAUUACACUGCAUUAUAAGUUUUGGUCGACUGUUAUUAUGAUAUUGUUACAAGUGUAUUCCUGUGCAUCCAUGUACAUCGGCCACCGUGUUGAAAGCCAUGGAUUAAUACCUUCUUGUUCUGAUUCGAUCCAAGUACC